AUGCUCUUUGAAUUUCUUAUCUCCAACCGCAACACCUUACGCCUGGAUAUCGACUUCAAUUCCUGGGAAGUUCUUGGAAAUGUGGGACAAUCACGAGGGAUCCUGGUAGUACAGAUUGGGAGACUUUAUCUUGCCACCAUCCACUGUCAUACCAAGUUCAAGCAGUUAGAGCUAUUCGUCGAAGAACAAUCGGAUUUGGAAGAAAAUAUGAAGCGUCAUACUGCCAGCCACGAGGUUGUCACUCAGUCUGAAUUUUUCGAGGUCGAGCAAGUUCUGGCGAUGAAGCAAGGAGAACAACACCCCGUGAUCCAGAGUGUGGACAAGUAUAAGGGAGAAAUUCGUCUUCUCCGUGUGGAUCUCUUCAAGGAACAGCCUGCUCACGCCACGCAAGCAGAUUGA